AUGCUCUUCCAAAUGUUAGGUCGCCAAAUGGCCAAAUGGCUAUUGUAUGCUUUAGUGGUCCAGGUUUUAAUAGAUAAAGAUUAGUAUGUUCGUAGCACCUGGUAUAGAUUAGUAUCUUGUUUUCCGGCGGCCAGCAUGUUGACUUUUGAAGGAUUACAAGAUUUGCCAGUAUUUGAAAGGUCUUUACUGCUUUGUCAUUUUGCUAAUAGAAUUAUCCUCUCUCCCACACUAUUUAUUGAUAUAGACCAGUUUGCAAUAUCCGAAACCUUGUUCUAGGAUAGCAUUCUUGCAGCUGUUUUGAAGUUAAGAAAUGGGGCAGGCUUGUUGUUGCUUACAAGUGGACCAGUCAACUGUGGCCAUCAAAGAAACUUUUGGUAGGUUCGCUGAUGUGCUUGAUCCUGGAUUCCACUUCUUACCUUGGUGUUGCGGGCAGCAGAUUGCUGGCUACCUCUCAUUGCGUGUGCAACAACUUGAUGUUCGUUGUGAAACAAAGACAAAGGAUAAUGUGUUUGUCACUGUUGUUGCAUCUAUACAAUACCGUGCUCUUGCUGACAAGGCAUCUGAUGCUUUCUACAAACUUAGCAACACAAGGGAACAAAUUCAAUCUUAUGUUUUUGAUGUCAUCAGGGCAAGUGUUCCAAAGCUGAACUUAGAUGACGUAUUUGAGCAGAAGAAUGAUAUUGCGAAAGCUGUGGAAGAUGAACUUGAAAAGGCAAUGUCAUUGUAUGGAUACGCGAUAGUUCAAACACUCAUUGUGGAUAUUGAGCCUGAUGAACAUGUUAAGAGAGCAAUGAAUGAGAUUAAUGCAGCUGCUAGGCUCAGGGUGGCAGCAAAUGAAAAGGCUGAAGCUGAGAAAAUACUGCAGAUCAAGCGGGCUGAAGGAGAUGCAGAAUCAAAAUACUUAGCAGGGCUUGGUAUAGCACGCCAACGCCAGGCUAUUGUGGAUGGGCUGAGGGACAGUGUGCUUGCCUUCUCGGUAAAUGUGCCUGGGACAACAGCAAAGGAUGUCAUGGAUAUGGUGCUGGUGACCCAGUACUUCGACACCAUGAAAGACAUUGGAGCAUCCUCUAAGUCCACUUCUGUGUUCAUUCCUCAUGGGCCUGGGGCUGUGAGGGACAUUGCUGCACAAAUAAGGGAUGGCCUCCUCCAAGCCAACACCACUCUUUAAGUAAGACCAAAUGGACGCUAGUUUUUUCCAGUUUUGGAUUCUCUUCGUAGUAAUUUCCUAUGAUUUGGUGCUGUUAUUGUGGAUAUGCAGAUUAGGAAAUGUGGUGUAAAUAGUGUGUUUAUAUAAGUUACUUUUAUUGCCUUCAGUGUCUUGUGUGAGUAUGUUUUAGGUGAUUUGUUGAACAAGAUAUUUUCAAGAUACAGUUUAUGACUGCGUUAUUAAGGUAUAUGGAUGGAGAUGGCUAUUUUUAUCAUUAUUAA